GCAGACGACUGGGAGUGGAAAUAGGCUAUUAAUUUAAAAAAAGGGAAAGAGAAAAGGAAGUUGAAUUCUCGUUAUUAAGUUUGCUUCAGAUGUACAUUGAGCCAGUAUUUAAAAAUGAAAUCUUAAGAUGUAUUUGUAAACACAUAAAAAAAAAUGACGAGAGAAACAUAUUGAUACAUUUCCAUUAUGAUUAUUACGAAAUAACUUUCGAAAUCGCACAGUCUUGACUGGCGCUCCUGACGCUGUGUAUUCAUAUAUCAUUUUUUUUUGUUUGUUUUUGAAUGCCAGUUUUAGCACACAGAUGCAUUGUUUGCGUUUACCCAGUGGAACAUGUAAACACAACGUUAACAGAGCUUCUAGUUUUUAAUGUGUCUGUACUAAUUUUUUUAAAAUUUAUACAUAUAUAUAUUUUUUAUUUUACAUUUCUGGAGUCUGUUAGUGUUAAAGAAGAUAAAAAAUGCUGAAUAUACCAUCGCAGUCGUUCCCAGCCCCUGUUUCUCAGCAGAGGGUAUCGUCUUCUGUCGGGCGAAGCAAGGUCCCAUUAAAGCCAGGCCGGAGUUUGAUGGACUGGAUUCGUCUUACAAAGAGUGGAGCAGACCUAACAGGGCUGAAAGGGAAGUUAAUUGAGGUGACAGAGGAAGAGCUUGCCAACCACAACAAGAAGGAUGACUGCUGGGUAUGCAUAAGGGGUCUGGUUUAUAAUGUGACCCCGUACAUGGAAUAUCACCCUGGAGGAGUUGAGGAGCUCAUGAAAGCAGCAGGAUCUGAUGGCACAGAUCUGUUCGAUCAGGUUCACCGUUGGGUUAAUUAUGAAUCCAUGCUGAAAGAGUGUCUGGUUGGCAGAAUGGCAGUGAAGCCUGUGUCUGUUGCUAAAGGUAUACCCACAGCAAAGAAGGUGCCUGUGCCUCUAGUCAAAGAAAUUAUGCCAAGAUAUGAUUGGUUCCAGACCAACACAAAUAUCACAGUCAUCAUAUACACAAAAGAAAAGGCUUUAACCUGUGGAAGUGUGAUUGCAGACCUCCAGGGUGGUGUUUUGAGUACAGAGGUGAUUCUUGGAGAAGGUUCAUAUCUUCUUCACAUCAGAUUGUCUCAUGAGGUAGAGGAAGAUGUCACUGUGCAGACAUCAUGCGGAGUCGGAAAAGUAGAACUCAGCAUGAAAAAGAAAUCAAGCACUAAGUGGAAAGAAUUAGGUGUGCCCCUGGACUCUCAUGACUUACUGCUAAAGAGCAAGGACCGAGGACUCUUCUACAGGAAGUGUACCUUGGUUUCCAUAACAGAUGUAACUCACGACACCAAACUGUACUGUUUACAACUUCCCCAUGGAACAAGCUUUCAAGUGCCCAUUGGGAAACAUGUUUACCUCAAGAGUGUGAUUAAAGGCAGUGAAAUAGUUAAGCCUUAUACUCCAGUUUUUAGAAGGCUUAUCCCUGAGCAAGAAGUCACUGACUUUGACAGCAAGAAUAUCUUCCUUAUGAUUAAAAUCUACCCUGAUGGAGCUCUCACCUCACACAUUGGAAACCUGCAGCUUGGGGACUCUCUGUAUGCAAGCAACCCAGAUGGUCAAUUCAGCACAUCCCGUCUCCAAGGAGUGACAACCCUGUAUCUGUUAGCUGCUGGCACUGGUUUUACACCGAUGGCCAAGCUAAUUCAGUUCGCUUUAAAGGGCCUUGAUGGUCUCAGAAGAACUAGAUUAUUAUUUUUUAACAAAUCAGAAAAGGAUAUCCUGUGGAUGAGUCAGUUGCAACAAGUAGCUGAAGAAGACAACAGAUUUCAAGUGGAACAUGUUUUAUCAGAGCCUUCACUGGAAUGGGCAGGCAAACAGGGCAGAAUAGAAUUAUCUCUUGUAUCAGAUUUUAUGAACAAAAGUGCAGAUGAUUCCAAAACUCUCGUGUGUGUUUGUGGUCCGACUCCUUUUACUGAGCAAGCUUUAAUGAUUUUGCAAAAACUAGGAUUCAGUGAAGAAGAGAUCCAUGCUUUUCUGGGAUAAGGGCAGUACAUUUUGCAAAAAACACCAAACAAAAAGUAGAAAGAUUAAUGUGGCAUUAUAUCUCUAGGAUAUAUUUUUCUAUGCAUUAAGUUCAGUGAAUGAUUAUUAUUGUUAAAUUGUCAAGGUCAGUGAAUGAUUUGAUGCAGUUCAAGUAAUAUUUGCAUUUUAUUCACCCUAGUUUCUUAUAUGCACAUGAUUCAAUCAGUACUGUAAAAGCUGUAUUAAUAACAAUACAGUGACAUGUAUUAUUCCAUUGUAUACUCAGGUUGAUAUAAAAUAACUUUUUAAAAUCUGGAUAAUUUAUUGUUUACUGCUUUCUGUAAUUGUUUUCUGUCCCUAUGUUAGACACUUCGUGUUAUAGUAAAACUUUACAAAAUUGCUGCUGUCAUUUAUUUUUUAUAAUUUCUGAAUGGCUCAAAAGUAUGAAACUGCAAAUUAAAAAUGGUUACUUCCCCA